AUGGAAGUUGGCACGGAAAAAGUGCUCAAGAUGGGCACUGAAAAAGAUCAGGAAGGAAUAUCUCCAGCUGUCACUAUAAGUGGGCAACCCAUUAUGGGCAUUGAUCGAGCUUACACUGUAAAUCGGUUGCGGGUUGGGAGCCCAAUGCCGUAUCGACCGGAAGCAGACCUCAAGAGACCAGACUUAAAAGGCGAAUUUCUCUGUGGUCACUGCGGAAAGACAUUUUGUCAUGCAGCUUCGCUUAAUCGACAUCGCUUGAAUUUCCACGGAGAUGACCAGCAUUGUCAACUUUGCGAUGCGAAAAUCCCAGCGCACGAGACAGUUCGUCGUCACAUGGGUGUCCAUCACGCCAUAAACCGAGUGUUCACCUGUGGCUGCUGCAACUGGACCUUCCCAGACAAAAAGGAACUUCAUGCCCACAAUAACAGCAUGAUGCGAAGUGGACACCCUGGAGACGCCAAGGCGAUCGCCAUAAGCAGCAGGCCACCCGGCUCCCUUUCCCAGGCCGAACUUCGUGGUGAGGAGCACACUUCACCGAGAUCUCAAAAGAACGUCUCCCGAAAGAAGGAGGAGAAAGGCACCGCUGCUCAUUUGCUGUUCUCACAGCUUAUGAACUCACAGUCGCAGUCUCCUUCACAAGUGACAGUGUCGGCCGACUGGCUGAAUGCGUUUCUACUUAACAACCCUACACUUCUUCCUCUGCUACACAACGCUCAUGUGGGAAGUGGAGACACAGAGAUGACACCAUCAACUUCUAUCGACGAGGAUCCGAGUAACCAAAGCAAGAGCAUUUUUAACAACAACAACAUCGAGUUUUCUCAGUUGAACGUCAAAACAGAGAACGACAUUAUGUUGAGUGGACCAGAGUCUGGUAUAGCGUCUGGUGAAGAAGUCAUCGAAACUGAUUCAUCGCCAGCUCCAAGUUCAAAAGAAAGCAGUCCUAUCGCCAACGACACUGUUCCACCAUUUACGCGAAAACGCAAAUCCGUUGACGCCAUUGCUUCCAUCCUCUUCAAAAAGAAGUGUAUGAUGGGAUAA